AUGGCUUACACAAAGAUCGAUACUAAUCAAGAAGAAAAGGACUUUCAAAAAGAAGUCGCUGAAGUUAAAAAAUGGUGGUCAGAGCCAAGGUGGAGAAAGACCAAGAGAAUCUACUCGGCAGAGAACAUUGUUAAAAAGAGAGGUACCUUGAAGAUUGACUACCCAUCUUCUCAACAAGCUGACAAAUUGUUUGCUCUUUUGGAAAAGCAUGACGCUGACAAGAGUGCUUCCUUCACUUUUGGUGCAUUGGACCCAAUCCACGUUGCUCAAAUGGCCAAAUACUUGGAUUCCAUCUACGUUUCCGGAUGGCAAUGUUCUUCUACUGCAUCAACCUCAAACGAGCCAAGUCCUGAUUUGGCAGAUUACCCAAUGGACACUGUUCCAAACAAGGUGGAACACUUGUGGUUUGCUCAGUUGUUCCACGACAGAAAGCAAAGGGAGGAAAGAUUGACAAUGACCAAAGAAGAGAGAGAAAAAACCCCAUACAUUGACUUUUUAAGACCAAUCAUUGCUGAUGCUGAUACUGGUCACGGUGGUAUUACCGCCAUCAUUAAGUUGACCAAGUUGUUUAUUGAGAGAGGUGCUGCCGGUAUCCACAUUGAAGAUCAAGCUCCAGGUACCAAAAAGUGUGGUCACAUGGCUGGUAAGGUGUUGGUUCCUGUGCAAGAACACAUUAACAGAUUGGUUGCCAUUAGAGCAUCUGCCGAUAUCUUUGGCUCCAACUUGUUGGCUGUUGCCAGAACCGACUCUGAAGCUGCUACUUUGAUUACUUCAACCAUUGACCACAGAGACCACUACUUUAUUGCAGGUUCAACCAACCCAGAGGCUGGCGAUUUGGCUACAUUGAUGGCUGAGGCUGAAGCAAAGGGUAUCUAUGGUGACGAAUUAGCUCGUAUUGAAACUGAGUGGACCAAGAAGGCUGGUGUCAAGUUGUUUAGCGAAGCUUUUGUUGAUGAAGUUAAGAAUGGUUCAUACUCAAACAAGGACCAAUUGAUUAAGAAAUUCACAGACAAGGUUACCCCAUUGAGCCAUACUUCAAACAAGGAGGCUAGAAAAUUGGCUAGAGAACUUCUUGGUAAGGAUAUUUACUUUAACUGGGAUGCCUCAAGAGCUAGAGAAGGUUACUACAGAUAUAUUGGUGGAUGCCAAUGUGCAGUUAUGAGAGGUAGAGCAUUUGCACCAUACGCUGACUUGAUUUGGAUGGAGUCAGCCUUGCCAGACUAUGCUCAAGCUAAGGAGUUUGCUGACGGUGUUAAAUCUGCAGUUCCAGACCAAUGGUUGGCUUACAAUUUGUCUCCAUCAUUUAACUGGAACAAGGCUAUGCCAGCUGAUGAGCAAGAAACUUAUAUCAAGAGAUUGGCCAAAUUGGGUUAUGUAUGGCAAUUUAUUACUUUGGCUGGUUUGCACACUACUGCAUUGGCUGUGGAUGAUUUUGCUAACCAAUACUCUCAAAUUGGUAUGAAGGCUUAUGGCCAACAGGUUCAAAAGCCAGAAAUUGAAAAGGGCGUUGAAGUUGUUAAGCAUCAAAAAUGGUCUGGUGCUACAUAUAUUGAUGGUUUGUUGAAGAUGGUCACUGGUGGUGUUUCUUCGACUGCUGCUAUGGGUGCUGGUGUCACUGAAGACCAAUUUAAAGACAAACAUUAA